AGUUGUAGUCCGGCCGUGGUUGGGGGGGCCCGCGGCUCAUGCGCGGUGCACCGAGGCUUGUUUCACAUCUGUAACAACAGGAGGAGGCCCAGCCUCGUGAUGAGGAAUAGCAAGGAGAGAAUUCAGCUCCAGUUCAAAAGCCUACAAAAUCUGAGACUGUCACUGCUCGUGUAAGGAUUCCAGCUUUCCCUCCUGGCCAGAAAUGUUCAGCCUGGACUCAUUCAGAAAAGAUCGGGCCCAGCACAGGCAGCGUCAGUGCAAACUUCCCCCACCCCGCCUUCCACCCAUGUGUGUCAACCCUGCCCCUGGAGGGACCAUCUCUCGAGGCUGAACGUUAACAUUUCCAACAUGGCAGCUUCUAGGGACCUAUUAAAAGAGUUCCCACAGCCCAAAAACCUUCUCAACAGUGUAAUUGGAAGAGCCCUCGGCAUCUCACAUGCAAAAGACAAGCUGGUCUACGUGCACACGAAUGGACCGAAGAAAAAGAAAGUCACCCUCCACAUAAAGUGGCCCAAGAGCGUGGAGGUCGAAGGCUAUGGCAGCAAGAAGAUCGAUGCCGAGCGGCAGGCGGCAGCGGCGGCCUGCCAGCUCUUCAAGGGCUGGGGCCUGCUGGGUCCCCGAAAUGAGCUGUUUGAUGCAGCCAAAUACCGCGUGCUAGCUGAUCGCUUUGGCUCUCCGGCUGACAGCUGGUGGCGCCCAGAACCCACCAUGCCACCUACUUCUUGGCGGCAGCUGAACCCUGAGAGCAUCCGGCCAGGGGGACCUGGGGGCCUGUCCCGCUCCUUGGGCCGGGAGGAAGAGGAGGAUGAGGAAGAAGAGCUGGAAGAGGGGACCAUUGAUGUCACCGACUUCCUGUCCAUGACCCAGCAGGACUCCCACACCCCACUCAGGGACUCGAGGGGGGGUUCCUUUGAAAUGACAGACGACGACAGUGCUAUCAGGGCCCUGACCCAGUUUCCGCUUCCCAAGAACCUUCUGGCCAAAGUGAUUCAGAUAGCAACGUCGUCCUCCACAGCUAAGAACCUCAUGCAGUUCCAUACUGUGGGCACCAAGACCAAGCUGUCCACCCUCACUCUGCUCUGGCCCUGUCCCAUGACCUUUGUCGCCAAAGGGCGCCGCAAAGCAGAGGCUGAGAAUAAGGCGGCAGCCCUGGCCUGCAAGAAACUGAAGAGCCUGGGCCUGGUGGACCGCAACAACGAGCCGCUUACCCACGCCAUGUAUAACCUGGCCUCCUUGCGUGAGCUGGGCGAGACGCAGCGCCGGCCUUGCACCAUUCAGGUGCCUGAGCCCAUCCUCCGAAAGAUAGAGACCUUCCUGAACCAUUACCCUGUGGACAGUUCCUGGAUCUCCCCGGAGCUCCGGCUGCAGAGUGAGGACAUCUUGCCCUUGGGCAAGGACUCAGGGCCCCUGAGUGACCCUAUCACAGGCAAGCCCUACGUGCCCCUGUCAGAAGCAGAGGAGGUACGUCUGAGCCAGAACUUGCUGGAGCUGUGGCGGCGGCGAGGGCCAGUCUGGCAGGAGGCCCCCCAGCUCCCUGUGGACCCGCAUCGGGACACCAUCCUCAAUGCCAUCGAGCAGCACCCGGUGGUGGUCAUCUCUGGGGACACGGGCUGUGGCAAGACCACGCGCAUCCCCCAGCUGCUGCUGGAGCGCUACGUGACCGAGGGCCGUGGCGCCCGCUGCAACGUGAUCAUCACCCAGCCGCGGCGCAUCUCUGCUGUGUCCGUGGCACAGCGGGUCAGCCACGAACUGGGCCCCUCUCUGCGCCGGAACGUGGGCUUCCAGGUGCGGUUGGAAAGCAAGCCCCCGGCCCGUGGCGGGGCCCUGCUCUUCUGCACCGUGGGCAUCCUGCUGCGGAAGCUGCAGAGCAACCCCAGCCUGGAGGGCGUGAGCCACGUCAUUGUGGACGAGGUCCACGAGCGGGACGUGAAUACAGACUUCCUGCUGAUUCUGCUCAAGGGCCUGCAGCGGCUCAACCCGGCCCUGCGGCUAGUGCUGAUGAGCGCCACAGGCGAUAACGAGCGCUUCUCCCGCUACUUUGGUGGCUGCCCUGUCAUCAAGGUGCCGGGCUUCAUGUACCCGGUCAAGGAGCACUACCUGGAGGACAUCCUGGCCAAGCUGGGCAAGCACCAGUACCCGCACCGGCACCGGCACCACGAGUCUGAGGAUGAGUGUGCACUCGAUUUGGACCUCGUGACGGAUCUGGUUCUGCACAUCGAUGCCCGAGGGGAGCCAGGUGGGAUCCUCUGCUUCCUGCCUGGUUGGCAGGAGAUCAAAGGAGUGCAGCAACGCCUCCAGGAGGCCCUGGGCAUGCACGAGAGCAAGUACCUCAUCCUGCCAGUGCACUCCAACAUCCCCAUGAUGGACCAGAAGGCCAUAUUCCAGCAGCCGCCAGUUGGGGUGCGCAAGAUUGUCUUGGCCACCAAUAUCGCGGAGACGUCGAUCACAGUCAAUGACAUCGUGCAUGUGGUGGACAGCGGUCUGCACAAGGAGGAACGCUAUGACCUGAAGACCAAGGUGUCGUGCCUGGAGACUGUGUGGGUGUCACGAGCCAAUGUGAUCCAGCGCCGGGGCCGGGCGGGCCGCUGCCAGUCAGGCUUUGCCUACCACCUGUUCCCGCGGAGCCGGCUGGAGAAAAUGGUCCCUUUCCAAGUGCCGGAGAUUCUGCGCACGCCCCUCGAGAACCUGGUGCUACAAGCCAAAAUCCACAUGCCCGAGAAGACGGCGGUGGAGUUCCUUUCCAAGGCUGUGGACAGUCCAAACAUUAAGGCGGUGGACGAGGCUGUGAUCUUGCUCCAGGAGAUCGGAGUGCUGGACCAGCGGGAGUACCUGACCACCCUGGGGCAGCGCCUGGCCCACAUCUCCACCGACCCCCGGCUGGCCAAGGCCAUAGUGCUGGCCGCCAUCUUCCGUUGCCUGCACCCGCUGCUGGUGGUCGUCUCCUGUCUCACCCGGGACCCCUUCAGCAGUAGCCUGCAGAACCGGGCGGAGGUGGACAAGGUGAAGGCACUGUUGAGCCAUGACAGCGGCAGUGACCACCUGGCCUUCGUGCGGGCCGUGGCGGGCUGGGAGGAGGUGCUGCGCUGGCAGGACCGCAGCUCCCGUGAGAACUAUCUGGAGGAAAACCUGCUCUACGCCCCCAGCCUGCGCUUCAUCCACGGACUCAUCAAGCAGUUCUCGGAGAACAUUUACGAGGCUUUCCUGGUGGGAAAGCCCUCGGACUGCACCCUGGCCUCUGCCCAGUGCAACGAGUACAGCGAGGAGGAGGAGCUGGUGAAGGGCGUGCUCAUGGCCGGCCUCUACCCCAACCUCAUCCAGGUGAGGCAGGGCAAGGUGACCCGGCAGGGCAAGUUCAAGCCCAACAGCGUCACUUACAGGACCAAAUCAGGCAACAUCUUGCUGCACAAGUCGACCAUUAACAGGGAGGCCACGCGGCUGCGGAGCCGAUGGCUGACGUAUUUCAUGGCCGUCAAGUCCAACGGCAGUGUCUUCGUGCGGGACUCCUCCCAGGUGCACCCGCUAGCCGUGCUGCUGCUGACCGACGGGGACGUCCACAUCCGUGACGAUGGGCGCCGGGCCACCAUCUCCCUGAGCGACAGUGACCUGCUGCGGCUGGAGGGGGACUCGCGCACUGUGCGGCUGCUGCGGGAGCUGCGCCGGGCGCUGGGCCGUAUGGUGGAGCGGAGCCUGCGCAGUGAGCUGGCCGCGCUGCCGCCGGGCGUGCAGCAGGAGCACGGGCAGCUGCUGGCGCUGCUGGCGGAGCUGCUGCGGGGGCCCUGUGGCAGCUUUGACGUGCGCAAGACGGCGGACGACUGAGCCCCCCCCGUCUGCUGGGGCCGUGUACAGAGUGCAAAUGUUUAUUUAAAAUAAAGUUCUAUUUAUCCCUUGUGA